AUGAGACCUUAUCACGUCUAUGAAGGAGAUGAUGCUCUCAUAACAUGUGUCGUUAGUAAUGUUGGAGACAAUACGGUGACAUGGAAAAAAGAAGAUAGAGAAAAACACAGCAGAAGAGUUCUUACCGCUGGAGAUAAUAGAGUUACUGGAGAUAAAAGAUUCAGUGUUUUACAUGACAAAGGUGGGGAUGUGUGGGUUUUAGUUAUAAAAAAUUCCAAUGCCACAGAUUCUGGGAUUUAUAUCUGCGAAGUAAAUAGCGAUCCGAUCGUGAGAUCUUUCCACAAAUUAAAUGUUUUGUCAAGAGCUUUGCAACCUCCCGACAAUUCAUCUGCAGUACCUUUUAAUUCCGAAGUCGAGGAGUCAAAAUUUUCAGCAAAAAGUCACAAUUAUACUGAUUGUUGCAUAGGAAAUAACGUGACAAAAUCAUGUCUUGGUUUUUGUAAUAUUCAGAGCAUAUUGGAGGGAAAUGCGGGUCAGGAUCCCGAAAAUUGUGAAAACGAUUUUCCAAACAUUGUGAAAUGCAUGGCGGAUCAUCGGAAUCACGUUCCUUGCUGUAUCGAUGAGGGCGUACCUGACAUAUGCCAAGAUGUUUGCCGAGGAGAAUAUACAGUAAUUACAGACAAUAUUAAAACUCAUUUUUCAUGUUCCGCUUAUACGGAACAAACUUUGGCUUGCAUCGUUGAAGGCAUUGAAUUACUUCCGAGUUCGCCUCAAGAUGUUGAAGUAGAGCCUUUGUCGGAAACAUCCAUACAGGUGUCUUGGAAACUUCCCGUGGCCAAUUCUCACACAGUCAAAUCGUACAUUAUUAACAUCACAACUCUUAGAAGUUUCGACGACGACGGGGAUAGCUAUGCGACCGCGUUACAAAAAAACCGCCAGGAUGAAGCGAAACUUCGAUCAGAAAAAAAACAAAUAUCUGUACCUUCGAAUGUUUUACUGACGGAGAUAAAAAAUCUGGAACCGUUUACGAUGUACGAAAUAACAAUAACGGCCAAAAACGAUCACGGAACGAGUUUGCCAUCUUUUGCCAUUAGAUCGACGACAUUGCCACGGGGAACAAUUAGAAAUAAGGCUGAUUAUGAUCCACCGAAAUUACCUGAUAUAAAAACUUGCUGUGUAAAAAAAGGUGUGACUCACUUGGUGUGCCUUGACAAAUUGUGCGAUCCGGUUCAUUCCGAUGUCACUUCGAUCACGGAUUUGAUGAUUUGUGCCCCUUGGGCCGCCACUACUUUUAGUUGUUUGACAAACGGAGUGGAUUUAUCCCCGUGUUGCAAAGCCAGAGGACUCCCAACAGCUUGUCAAAUUUUAUGCACCGGAAAUAUAACUCAAAUCGAUUUUAGUUACUUUAAGUGCCUCAAAUACAUGAGUGACUUUUCCAGUUGUUUAUUUCAAAGUUACGGCGUUUUACCGAGCGAACCCGAGGGUCUUUCUGUGUCGAAUGUCAAUUCCGAUUUUGCAAUAAUCCACUGGAAUCCUUCGAAAACCCUUUCGAACACGAUCCUUCACUACAAUCUACAUUACCGAAAUAUGGCAGCGUACAAUAACGAAUAUCAAAGUCUUCGUAAAGUUCAUCCUCCGUACGUUCUCGAAAAACUACAAAGCAGUUCGCAGUACGAAGUAUACGUUGAAGCGGUUAAUUCUUACGGAAUCAGCAAUCCAUCAUCGAGAAUAAUUUUCACGACGGAAAGUAAAAUAAUCGAAACGGAAAUUGAGGAGUCUAGUUUUUACAACGUGACCGAGUGUUGUGUGAGCAGUGGCUUACCAACUGUGUGCCUACCACUAUGUUCGUACGACGCGAGCAUGAAAGACAUUAAAAACUUGGGAGGGAUUUGCGGGCGGGAAUUUCACAAAUUAAUCAGAUGUGGAGCGGGCGGAAGGAAUCACGACAAAUGCUGUUCACGACGUGGGGUACCCGAAGAUUGCGUUCCACUAUGUCACGGCACCGUUGUCGAUUCUUUGCUUACGACUGCCGCUAAAUGCAUACCUUACAUCGGAAACAUUGUACUAUGUUUCGAAGAAGGAACGGGUUUGCUUCCGGGUCCGAUCGGGGAAUUACACGCUUCUUCAAUUUCAAAUAAUUCUAUUACAAUAUCGUGGAAGCCACCGGCGAAAUCCAACGUGACUGAUUACUUGGUGUAUUACGAUAAAUUGGAAAAUAACUUGUAUGCAAACACAAAGGAAUUUAAAACGGAAAAUCAGUUAAGUACUGCAAACACAACGGUCACGCUAAGCAAUCUUCAAAACAACAAAACUUAUAAAAUUUUCGUAGUCUCGAGAAACGAUCAGGGAACUUCGUUGCCGUCUUCCGUGCUUUUCAUAAACGUGACCGAUGCCGCGACCGACACUCGAAUAAAAGCUUCUCUUUCGUCCCCUCAUUCUUUAGUGAUCUCAUCUCACAGUGCUAACUGGGUUACGGUUUCAUGGCAACCACCUCAAUUCAGCGAAUUCGGCGAAGCCAUCACAUAUAGACUCUAUCAUAAGCCGGCUUACGAAAACGAUUACGACGUUGUCGAAACGAGUUUAACGUCGCACAUGUUAGAAGGUUUGAUUCCUAAUUCGAAGUACAUCAUUUAUAUAGUGGCAAAAACUUCGUCUGCUUUAAGUUUGCCUUCCGAAACUUUAAUCGCUUGGACGGAUCCGGUUUAUCCGGCAUUUGUCGAACCUCCGACGGUUCAUCCUAUCAACUUAGUGAUCGAAGGAAGUAGCAUGACAAUAUUAUGCAUCGCGAUGGGAACUCCGACUCCCACGGUAUCGUUAUACAUAACCGGCCGUCUCGUAAGGCAAGAAACGACUCGACAUAUGGUCACAGUCAUACAUAACGUCACGAGAGAAAUGAAUCACGUAUCUUGCUACGCUGAUAACGGUUACGGAACUCCAAUGCAAGCCUCAAGAAAAAUAAAAAUAAGUCACGAACCAAAUAUAAUUCCAUCCGGAAUAACGAUAGCUAAUAUGGGAGACACGGUUACGUUAGAGUGUCAAGUUGAUGCAUAUCCUGAACCGAAAAUGUUUUUCUGGAGAGAUCAUUUAGGAAAAAUUCCAGUCAUCGAAAGCGAAAGAACAAAUAUUAAAAUUUUCAAAGACGUGAACGAAGAAUCGAAAUGGACAAUGGAAUUAAUAAUACACGGAAUCGCCGACGUCGACGAGGGUGACUAUUUUUGUCACUCGGAAAAUGCUUUCGGAUCUGAUACCCAAGCGGUGUCCGUCAGAAUACGCAAAGAACCUUCUUUGAGUAACGUCACACAGUGUUGCUUAGAACAAAACGUCUCCAGUUCUUGCAUGGAAGCGUGUAGAUUUUUCGUAGAUGUUGACAUGGUGAUAGAUAAACCCGAAUGUCUGAGCGAUUUUGACAAACUCAUGAAAUGUGCUGCCGAUGGAUCCGACCACAGAAGCUGUUGUGGUAAUCGUGGAGUCCCUAGAAAAUGUCUCGAUUGGUGCAGAGGAGAACCUUUGUUGAACAAUAAGAUUUGCAUUUUAAGUUACACAAAACAAAUAAUGUCUUGUUUUCAAGAGGAAAGGGAAAAACUUCCGGGACCUCCUCAAAAUGUUAGAAUUCAACAUUUGGAUUCGAAUUCAGUUCUCGUGAUGUGGGAUCCCCCAAUAAAAAAUCCACACACCGUUUCAAUGUAUAGAAUAUUUUGGAGACCUGUGGGAUCAAAAUCCCCAUUAAAAAACGAUACCAAAGAAACAGAAUUUAAAAUAACAGGAUUGAAAGAAGGACAAACUUAUGAAUGCGUCAUAAAAGCAGGGAAUAAUAUUGGAACAAGUUCUCUUACGGAUCCAGUUAAAUUUACUGCUGGAGAUAAAUACGUUACAUCUGCUUCCAGCAUUAGUGCAGAAACGUCUUCGGUGGGAGUGAUAAUAGGUAUCAUUUCGGCAGCAAUAAUAGUCGGAGCCAUUUUAGCUGGAGCCGUUUGGUACAUGAAAUACAAAAGAAUUUUCGGUCCAAAAUUUACAACUGGAGGAAUAGCAUUUGAAAAUCCAAUUGCUCAUUUGAACACACAACAACACGUGGGUAAUAAUUUACAAUCAUCAUCAUCAUCAUCACAAGAAAUUGGUAAUAACGUACCGGAGGAAGGUAUUAAUACGUCACAGACAACAACAGAAAUACCUCCGACAUUUUAUGAAGAAUUAAAAUUGGGACAAGAUGGAGCCGGUUUCAAAAAAUUAAAACCUUAG